AUGGACGACCUUAAGGUCGAGGUUCUCUUUGAGAACUUUGCCUAUUAUGAGGGCUUUGCUACGGGUGUAAUGGAAAAUAAAGUUCUAGUUUCUUUCCCUAAUGAUUUGUAUCCUGAAACUCAAUUCAACUAUGACAAUGUUCAACUCCCAUUGUCAGAUGACCAAUAUAGUACAAAGUUUAUUGAUAAUCAAGAAAUAGAAGUAAAAUUGGUUGGAGAACCUAAUCUUUGUUAUGGAUGGGUGAAGGCAGUGAUAAAAAUUAUCAGUGUUGUAGAAAUAGUCUCUCCUGGUAAAAUAAGAUGCAGUAACAUAAAUUCACACAUUAAUGGCAAUACAUUUUACAUGUUUGAUAUUGAUGUACCUGAGGAUGUUAGAGAACUUGCUAAAAUUGAUGGAAUCCACAAAGAUUUUCAGAAAGCAAUUUGCAAAUGUUCUAUAAUCCUGAUCAGUCAGUGUCGAGUGUUAUAUCUCGUUCAUCAUUGA